AUGCCCAACUGCGAUACUCCGUAUAUCAUCAACCUGGCGAUGCUAGAGCUGUCAUCGAUCCCCUUUUGCGAUCGCACUACGAGCAGGCCGUACUCUGGAACAUGCGUGGUGCCCAGUGAGCCAAUUUUCGAACUCGAUUCCCAUCCCGGCACCGAUAUGAUGGGUAAGCUGACCAAUGGUUGUAUAUGUUAUAUUAAGCUACCGGGUGAUUUCCUCCGUACGACAAUAUUGAAGGAGGCAUUAUUUUAUCUUCUAUUCGUGUCUGACAGCCAAGCUGUCCAACAGGUCAACUUGAAUACCAGCAUCAGCAAGUCCAGCAAAAUGAACGCUCUCCCUACCUUUAUCAAACUCACCAAAUUCGUUAUCAAGGACAUUAGCGAGAUCCCUUGCUUCGUCACCCUGAUUCGUAAGUUCUUUGCCUCAGAUAUAGAACAAAACGAGAACAGAAACGGAAUUGUCGUUACGGAAGAUGAAGACGGGCAAUCACAUGAUCUACUGCGUGGAUCCCCAUUAUUUAAAGCCGACCUAGAGACAAUUCGGCUGCGGGGUGAAAAGAUCGCCAAGAUUGAAGAGAAGUUGGCCCAAACUGCGGAUGCGGAGGAGCAAGUUCUUUCACUUGAUAUCCACUAUUUCCUUCUCAACAUUAUGAAGAAUGGGAGCAAGAAAGUGGCACGUUCACCGCUGAGCUCCUCGACGAGGGUCAACGAGAUAUUCGCUACUUGCAAAAUGUAUAAGCCAGAAUCAGCAAUGCAGGUUAUCGAUCUUGCCCUAAAACACCGCAUAUAUAACGAAAGCCCCGCAAUCAUUGGAAUCGAUCACUACGGGAACACGACCAAGGGCGAUGUUUCACUUUCGCUCUACAUUCACUCUUGCCAGAUCAGAAGGGCUCAAAAUCACACUUACAACCGAUGA